AAAUAAAAAAAUAUUUAUUAAAAAAUUAAAUUAAAUUAUUGACAAUAACUACUGACUGUUUUUUCCCAAAAUAAAUUUGUAAUGUAUUGUUUCUUAUGCAUGACACAGGAUUCUCAAAACCUACAGUUGUCCUUGAGAACAAGUGUCAAGGAUAUCUGACCUGAGAUCUGAGUCAUUACAUGUUCUAAUGUUUUUUUCAAGCCCCAGUACAAGCAAAAGGCCCUGCAGCAACAAUUAAGAAUUAAUGACCUUUACAAGAGCUCCUGAAUAUGUUCUUACACCAAUCAUACAUCCAUAAGUGGUUCCUUCCGGCUCAGGUAUAAUAUAACCCUUCAAAUCAAGCCCUCACUUUACUCAGACGGCUGUUGAUUCAGUUGUGUUGGAAGUACUGCAGACCAAUGAAGGGAUGAACCUCACAACCGCCAGAAGCCCUUUCUCAGUCUCUUCGUUGAGCAAUGGAGAUGACCGUAAAUUCAGUCUGGUAUGAUGUAGCAGUUAUGAUACCGACAGCGUGGCCUCCCACAGCUCUGGAGUCUUUUCUGGAUAUGACACGUUGGAUACUCCGCCGAGUUAUGACUUCUAUUCCAACACUGAGAUUUUUGGGAGAGCAAAGAAGUCAAGACCUUCUCUCUUUCAGCUUCACUCCAACCCACAGGACGACCCUUCUCCACCUCCUCUCUAUGAGGAGUCAAGUGUGGACAAACAGAGUCCGGAUGAAGAUGAACCCACAGAACCUCCUCCAGAACCGGCCCGCUUUGGAUGGGCUCAGGGAGUCAUGAUCCGCUGUAUGCUGAAUAUCUGGGGUGUUAUUCUGUACCUGAGGCUUCCCUGGAUCACAGCUCAGGCAGGGAUUGGACUGACUUGGAUUAUAAUCUUGGUCUCCUCCUCUAUAACGGGCAUCACUGGCUUGUCCACAUCGGCCAUUGCCACUAAUGGAAAGGUUAAAGGAGGUGGAACAUAUUUUCUGAUCUCUCGUAGUUUGGGUCCAGAACUAGGAGGCUCGAUUGGGCUUAUAUUUGCUUUUGCUAAUGCGGUAGCUGUAGCUAUGCACACUGUGGGCUUUGCUGAAACAGUGCAGGCGCUCAUGCAGGAGAGGGAUGUUAGCAUGGUGGACAAACUAAAUGAUAUCCGUAUCAUUGGAGUGAUUACUGUCACCUGUCUGCUGGCCAUCUCAAUGGCUGGAAUGGAAUGGGAGUCAAAGGCCCAGGUUUUGUUCUUCUUUGUCAUCAUGGUCUCCUUCGCCAGUUACAUUGUGGGAACCAUCAUUCCAGCCACUCCAGAGAAGCAAGCCAAAGGAUUUUUCAGCUACCGAGCUGAUAUUUUUGCGGAAAACUUUGUGCCCGGCUGGCGCGGACUGGAGGGCAGUUUCUUUGGCAUGUUUUCUAUCUUCUUCCCCUCAGCUACAGGCAUCCUUGCGGGGGCUAAUAUCUCUGGAGAUCUGAAGGAUCCAAAUGUUGCUAUACCCCGUGGUACAAUGUUGGCCAUUUUUUGGACCACUAUCUCAUAUCUCAUUAUCUCAGCUACUAUUGGCUCCUGUGUUUUGCGUGAUGCUUCUGGUUAUAUAAAUGACACGGUGUCAUCUUUGUCUGGGGAGUGUUUGGGAGUGGGCUGCAACUAUGGCUGGAACUUCACUGAGUGUAUGACCAAUAAGACCUGCCCCUUUGGACUCAGCAAUUAUUACCAGAGUAUGAGCUUGGUGUCUGCGUUUGCUCCUCUGAUCAGUGCUGGUAUUUUUGGAGCCACUCUUUCCUCAGCCCUGGCCUGUCUGGUAUCUGCUCCUAAGGUUUUCCAGUGCCUUUGCAAGGACAAGCUGUAUCCAGGCAUUGGAUUUUUUGGGAAGGGUUAUGGGAAGAAUAAUGAACCACUGAGAAGCUAUCUGCUAGCCUACAUCAUCGCUAUAUGCUUCAUUCUUAUUGCUGAGUUGAACACCAUUGCUCCCAUCAUCUCCAAUUUUUUCCUCUGCUCUUAUGCCCUCAUCAACUUCAGCUGCUUCCAUGCCUCCAUCACUAACUCACCAGGCUGGCGUCCAACUUUUCGAUUUUAUAGCAAGUGGCUGUCUUUGCUCAGAGCAGUAGUGUCUGUAAUCAUCAUGUUCCUCCUAACCUGGUGGGCUGCUCUUAUAGCCAUUGGCAUAGUCAUCUUCCUGCUGGGAUAUGUGCUGUAUAAGAAACCCGAUGUCAACUGGGGUUCAUCAAUGCAGGCCAGCUCGUAUAACAUGGCACUGUCUCAGUGUGUAGGUCUCAACCAAGUGGAAGAUCAUAUUAAAAAUUAUAGGCCACAGUGUUUGGUCCUCAGUGGGCCUCCCUGUAUGCGUCCUUCCCUAGUGGAUUUCAUCAGCACCUUCACCAAGAACCACAGCCUUAUGAUAUGUGCAAAUGUCAUAACAGGUGGACCCUCACCUGGCUCUGUGGACUCAGCCAAAAUCAGUACUCAUUUAAAAUGGCUAGACAAGCGCCGCAUUAAGUCCUUCUACCACACUGUAGUGGCUGAUGACCUUCAUGUCGGCGUUCAGAUGUUGCUGCAGAGUACGGGUUUGGGUCGGAUGAAACCUAAUGUCCUAGUGAUGGGAUUUAAGAAGAAUUGGCGUAAAGCUCAACCAAACAACAUUGAAAACUAUAUUGGAAUUUUGCAGUAUGAUGCAUUUGACCUGCAAUAUGGUGCAUGUGUUCUUCGGAUGAAGGAGGGUCUUGACAUAAGUCGAACAAUGCAAGCGCAUGUGAAUUUAGGGUUUGAGACAUCUACUGAACAAGCACUUGACACAAGGAGCUCAACGACUACUACAUCACCCACAAUUGACACAUCACUGGACCCUGAGGAACUAAUGGCCACAUCCCAACCAACUACUGUAUUCCAGACUAGACAAGGAAAGAAGACCAUUGAUGUGUAUUGGCUCUCUGAUGAUGGGGGUCUGACACUAUUACUGCCUUACCUCCUGACCCGUAAGAAGCGCUGGGGCAGAUGCAAAGUGAGGGUGUUUGUUGGAGGUGAAGCUCAAAAAGUUGAGGACCAGAAACAAGAGCUCAAAGCUCUGAUCAGCAGGUUCCGUCUGGGUUUCCAAGAUGUUCAAGUCCUUCCGGACAUCAAUGGGAAACCACAGGCUGAGCACAUUAAAAGAUUUGAAGACCUCAUAGCUCCGUACAGAGUAAGUUCAGUCCAAAAGGAUGGUCAAGAAGCUGAUGAGACGACAAAGGAUUUCUCCUGGAUGGUGUCUGAUGAGGAAAUGGAAACGUUCAGAGCUAAGUCCCUCCGACAAAUACGUCUGAAUGAAGUUAUUCAAGAUUACUCAAGAGAUGCUGCACUGAUCAUUGUAACGAUGCCCGUGGGGCGAAGAGGGGCGUGUCCCAGUUCCCUUUACAUGGCUUGGCUAGAGAUUGUAUCACGUGACCUUCGACCUCCAGUUCUUCUUGUCCGAGGCAAUCAGGAAAAUGUGCUGACGAUGUACUGCCAGUGAACACCACCUUUUCCUGACAUAACUGUUCACACUCGUACAUCAGAUGAAAAGAAACUCUUGUUAAUGACACGUUAAAAUAAUGACAGAUUUACAUACUUUCAUAAUGUGUUUCAUUCUUGUUCUGAUGUUAAUAGGGUGUUUGUUUUAAAUGGUUUCACCUUUUUUUCAGUAUAUAUUCAAAAAUAUAAACUUUUGCUGAUUUAGAUCUUAUGUACUUUCUCUGUUUAUUCUGAUUAUCUUAAUUCAGUGAUUGAACAAUUUGCAUAUGUAUAGAUUUGUUUUUGUUUUUUUCUUUUUAAUGGCAAUUGAUAUUACUGAAUAUAUUUAAUAAAUUACUAGGCCUACUUAUGUAUUAAAUCU